AGCAGCCGGGCGCCCGCUCACCCUCCCUCCCCCACCGUCCCUUCCUUUUCUCCUCAAGUCCUGAAGUUGAGUUUGAGAGGCGACACGGCGGCGGCGGCCGCGCUGCUCCCGCUCCUCUGCCUCCCCAUGGAUAUGCACUGCAAAGCAGACCCCUUCUCCGCGAUGCACCCAGGGCACGGGGGUGUGAACCAGCUCGGGGGGGUGUUUGUGAACGGCCGGCCCCUACCCGACGUGGUGCGGCAGCGCAUCGUGGAGCUGGCCCACCAGGGUGUGCGGCCCUGUGACAUCUCGCGGCAGCUGCGGGUCAGCCAUGGCUGUGUCAGCAAAAUCCUGGGCAGGUACUACGAGACUGGCAGCAUCAAGCCUGGAGUGAUUGGUGGCUCUAAGCCCAAGGUGGCAACGCCCAAAGUGGUGGACAAGAUUGCUGAAUACAAGCGACAGAACCCGACUAUGUUCGCCUGGGAGAUCCGGGACCGGCUGCUAGCGGAGGGCAUCUGCGACAAUGACACGGUUCCCAGCGUCUCAUCCAUCAACAGGAUCAUUCGGACCAAAGUUCAGCAGCCUUUCCACCCAACACCGGAUGGCGCAGGGACAGGAGUGACUGCCCCUGGCCACACCAUCGUUCCCAGCACGGCCUCCCCUCCUGUUUCCAGCGCCUCUAAUGACCCAGUGGGAUCCUACUCCAUCAAUGGGAUCCUGGGGAUUCCUCGCUCCAACGGUGAGAAGAGGAAACGUGAUGAAGUCGAGGUAUACACUGAUCCUGCCCACAUUAGAGGAGGUGGAGGUUUGCAUCUGGUCUGGACUUUAAGAGAUGUGUCCGAGGGCUCCGUCCCUAAUGGAGACUCCCAGAGCGGUGUGGACAGUUUGCGGAAGCACCUGCGAGCCGACACCUUCACCCAGCAGCAGCUGGAAGCUUUGGAUCGGGUCUUCGAGCGUCCUUCCUAUCCCGAUGUCUUCCAGGCAUCAGAGCACAUCAAAUCAGAACAGGGGAAUGAGUACUCGCUCCCGGCCCUGACCCCUGGGCUUGAUGAAGUCAAGUCAGGUCUAUCUGCAUCCACCAACCCUGAGCUGGGCAGCAAUGUGUCAGGCACGCAGACGUACCCCGUCGUGACCGGUCGUGAUAUGGCGAGCACCACUCUACCUGGUUACCCCCCUCAUGUGCCCCCCACUGGCCAGGGAAGCUACCCUACCUCCACCCUGGCAGGAAUGGUGCCUGGGAGCGAGUUCUCAGGCAACCCAUACAGCCAUCCCCAGUACACCGCCUACAACGAGGCUUGGAGAUUCAGCAACCCCGCCUUACUAAGUUCCCCUUAUUAUUAUAGUGCCGCCCCCCGGGGCUCCGCCCCUGCCGCUGCUGCCGCUGCCUAUGACCGCCACUAGUUACCGCGGGGACCACAUCAAGCUUCAGGCAGACAGCUUCGGCCUCCACAUCGUCCCCGUCUGACCGCCCACCCCAGAGGGAGGGAGGACCGAAGCGACGCGCUGCCACUCGGCCACCGUCCCUGUCCCACCUCCCCCCCUCCACCUCGAGACACCCUCCACCCCCCCACCGCCCGCAGCCCUUCACGUCAUCCCGUCGAUGGCCUGACCGGGCCGGUGGAGCCGCGGGUGGGACCCUCAGGCCCGGGCCCGCCGCCAGCCCCGCCCGCCCGCCGCCCCUCCCCGCCUGCCUGGACCACCGCCCGGAAGCCUGCCCGCCUCGGGCCCGCGCGCCCGACACCUUCCUGUGACACACAAUCAGCGUGGCCCACCCGGGGGCAGCCUGCUUCCGACGUCCGCCCGGGCACCGGGAGGCUUCGCUGGAGAAGCUGAGCAGGGGAAACUAAGGAAAGGACUUUGUGCCGAAGGAGGAGCCGCGGGCGGAACCCCGGGGGAGACUCCUGCCCCACCCCGCUGUGCCUGCCAGGCGGACCCCGCCCUCCGUCUGCGUCCUGCCGCGGACCGUGGGCACCGGGACGCGAGAAUCGGAUCGGACUCGAGGGACAGCGUUUGGGACGUCGGAGUUUGCCAAGGCUGGUACCCAAGGCGAGCAGACGCCAACUGAGCUCGUCCACCCGAACUGCCUAGUUCCCCAGGGCCUGGGAUCUCCUCCUACAGUGACUCUACUCUCGGCCCCGCCUGGCCCCCUACCUCAGCGCCUCGUCCAUCUGCUGGCCUCUCACUUCCCCCUUCUGCGCGUCCUCAUCCCAGGACGCCUUGUGUCUGGUCCCAAGCACGCAGCCCCACCGGGGCCACCGCGGGAACAGUUUCCUCCGACUGCUGCUGCGAGCACUGGUCUUUCCCAACAGUAACUUGCUGCCACCCCCGCCCCAACACCCCCCCCCCAAACUCCCAACCUGCGGGCCGGCGGUAGGAGCCAGGAAGGAACUGACGACCCAGCUGCCCAGAGAUGGAAACCGGAGGCUGCCCGCCCCCCCCAACCCCCACCCCACUCUCAGCCUUCCCUUGGGCAGGGGCUGAA